AUCUCUCUUGUUUUCUUUCUCUUUUGUGUGUUAUGUUUAAUUUAGAUAUCAAUCAAUUUUUACAUUUAUGCGUAUUUUAAAAUUCGUGACCAUUGUUUGGCGAAACGUUUGUUAAACUUUGAAGAAUCACGUUUCCAAAGACACCGUGGGUAAAACUGAGUUGAUAAAUUGUGAAAAGAAGCAGUCGCUUGCAAUAUGGGAGCUUUGUUAGCUGUUUGUUCUGCUACUCAGCUAGCCACAUGCUGUGGAAGUGCAGCUUGCUCAUUGUGCUGUGCAGCUUGUCCAUCAUGUCGCAAUUCCACUUCAACGCGUAUUAUGUACGCCGUAAUGUUGCUAGUGAACACCAUCGUAGCUUGCAUAAUGCUGGCUCCUGGACUACAAUCAUUUCUACAAUCUGUACCGUUUUGCUCUGAUAAAAAUUCCAAAAAUUUGAUACUCCCAUCGAUAGAUUGUUCGAUUGCUGUCGGUUAUGUGGCUGUUUAUAGGCUUUGUUUCGCUUUAUGUAUGUUCUUCUUGUUAAUGGCUUUGAUUAUGAUAGGCGUAAGGACAUCGAAAGAUGGAAGAGCUCCUAUUCAAAAUGGAUUCUGGGGAAUCAAAUACCUAAUUGUGAUUGCUGGCGUGUUCGGUGCGUUUUUCAUCCCCGAAGGCUCUUUCGGAACAGUAUGGAUGUAUUUUGGAAUGAUCGGAGCAUUCUUGUUCAUUUUCGUUCAGUUGAUAUUGAUCGUGGAUUUCGCUCAUUCGUGGGCUGAAAAUUGGGUCUCGAAAUACGAGCAAACUGAAUCCAAGAAGUGGUAUGCUGCUCUAUUGAUCGCCAUGUUCGUACUUUACGCGUUAUCAAUCUCCGGAUAUAUUUUCCUGUUCUAUAGAUACACUAAAUCGAACUAUUGCGGAUUAAAUAAAUUCUUCAUCACGAGUAAUAUUAUACUGAGCGUUAUCGCCAGCGGAGUUUCAAUCUUACCGAAUGUUCAAGAAGCUCAACCGAAAUCUGGUCUUUUACAAUCAUCAAUCGUGUCCUUAUACGUGACCUAUUUAACUUGGUCCGCUCUAGCAAACAGUCCAGUGGCUAAAUGCAAUCCUGGUACGUUCGGUACUUCCUCCAGCUACAUUGACGAUGCCACCACCAAAGUUCAUUUUGAUUCGGAAAAUAUUAUCGGAUUAGCCGUUUGGAUGGCUUGCGUGUUAUAUUCGUCUUUAAGAACUGCCUCAAGCUCUUCGAAAAUCGUAGGCAGUGAUAAAAUGCUCGUUCACGAUACCGCUACAGAAUCUGAAACAAACGAAGAUGGCGGUGAAGCUGGCAACCAAGGUCAUAAAGUUUGGGAUAACGAAGAAGACGAAGUCGCUUAUUCUUGGUCCUUUUUCCACGUCAUGUUUGCCUUUGCUACCUUAUACGUUAUGAUGACGUUGACCAAUUGGUAUUCACCGAAUUCAUCUAUUCAAGAAAUGAACUCUAGCACUGCGUCAAUGUGGGUGAAACAAAUAUCAAGUUGGCUGUGCUUAAGCUUGUACACAUGGACAUUGAUUGCCCCGUUGCUAUUGACCGAUCGAGAAUUUUAAGCGAUGUGAUCCCAAAUGCAUUAAUUUCUUUCGCCCUCUUAUUAUAUAAUGUACCAUUUUUCCAUUAUUUUUCCAUGUACCGUUGCUACUUUAAUUAUUGUCCAUGGUACGAUGCUAUUGAUUCUAUUAAGAAAUGUAGAAGAAGGUUGUACUCGAUUGAAAUGGAACCAAGGCAAGUGUAUUUUUCACGGUUAUAUUUCUACUUUUCUAUUAACAAUUCGAACUUGGUAGAUGUUCUAUUCUGUACCGUUUCUAGAAUUAUUCUAAGAUGAUCAUUCUUUUUAAAUUAAUCAAUAUUUGUACGAUGUAUUGCUCAGUAAUGAAGUUGAUAAAAUAGCUGAUUAGUGUUGAAACGAGUGACCGCGUAAUGUACGUACCAAAGUUUAACGAAUCAAAAAAUGUAUGUGGUUAUAUUCAACAAGAUUUCAAUUUCUUGUUGUUAUAUAUUUUCUAUUAUUUGUGAUGCUGCUUUAGUGUUUAUUGUCCCUAUGUAUGAAGUUGCAGCAGAAACAUUUCGAUGUAAAAUACGUGAUUUCUUACUUUUCGGCGUGUAAUUUUUAAAAAAACGACUUGAAAUAGAAUCAUUUUUUUAUAUUUGUCUGUGUUACGCAACAAAAUCAUUUUUAAGCGCUUUCGUCCUUCUGUAAAUUAUUAAUUAUUACACGUGUGUUAUAAUAUCGUUCCACGUAUUUGCUGUAAAUGUUCGUAAUUCACCGCUGCAUUUUUUUUUUGUUUUUUUGAAGAAAUUUUCCUUUACCGUUUUUUGAUGUAAAAACUAGUCAUUACAUGUGAUGGGAAAGUUAUAAUUUCUUUCGUGUUUCACAACUUAUUGCUUACCUACGCAUGACAUGCACAUUCACUUUUUUCUAGUAAUUAGAAAUAUUAGACUGUUCUGGUAUACGUUUCUUCCUACUUAUAGAUUCGUUUGUAUUGUAUUUGUACAUAGUUAAUAAAAUUCAAAAACGUGUCACGAAGUAGGUACAGUUUGAUGGUAACAGCUGAACAAUUAAAGUGUAAUUUGUGUAUUAGAUUUUAAAAGAUACCUUUUUGAAGUACCUACGUUAGUCCAAUUCGUUACAAAUAUGACAGUACUUUUUUAUUAUUAUUAUUACUAUUAUGUCUACUAUAUUUGCACAUCGACUUUUAUUAACCUAGACCGCUAAUCAUACGCGAAAAAAAACAAUUGGUUAUGUCGCCAACUCUGUGUAAUAAACAAACGCAACUGCGCAUGAGUCAACAACUGAUGAUGUGAGUGUGUGUAUAUGUGUGUAUAUUGCUGUUAGUAGUAGUUGAGUUGAGUUUACGGUAAGGGUAAACGGGGUAAACUCAACUCAACUACUAACAGCAAUAUACACACAUAUACACACACACUCACAUCAUCAGUUGUUGACUCAUGCGCAGUUGCGUUUGUUUAUUACACAGAGUUGGCGACAUAACCAAUUGUUUUUUUUCGCGUUUGAUUAGCGGUCUAGGUUAAUAAAAGUCGAUGUAUUUGCACUACGUUAUGCGAAGUUUUGAUUUUGAAUGAUUUUAUUCACUUUACGAUUAAGUGUUUAUUGAAUUGAUCUUCUCUUUUUUUUUGUUCUAAGUUUUUACUUUAUGUCGCGAUUGAAUCGAAAUAUAUAUAUUAUGUUGGAAAA